AUGUUACCACAUACAACAACAAGAAUAGAUAAUUCUAAUGUAAAUUUUCAAAGAUAUACAUCAACAAUGUCAAAUACUACAAUUGGACGAUGUUAUUUUCUUCUUAUUCAUUUAUUUUUCUAUAUGAUUAUUCUUAUUAUUAUCUAUAUUCAACUUGAACAUUUUAAUACUAAACAAGACGAAAUACUUGCUGUUUUAAAUUCAUAUCAUAAUCAAACUUUAUAUCAUGAAUCUCAUAGUCAAUCAUUUAAUUAUAAAUAUAAUAAUAUCGAUUGUUCUUGUCACACAUUUAUUCAACCAAAACAAAAUCAAACUACACAUUGUUUAGAAUUACAUGUUGGAUUUAAUGAAACAAUAUCGAAUUUUUUUUGUCCAAUAUUACAUAAUAAUCAUACAUAUUAUGAAUGGUUUUUAAUUCAAAAUCGACAAACAAAUUAUAUAAAUUUUAAUCGAACAUGGGUUGAAUAUCGUCGAGGUUUUGGUAAUAUUUUAAAUCAAAUAGAUUUUUGGAUUGGUAAUGAAAAUCUUUAUUGGUUAACAAAUAAUUAUCAUUGUCGUCUUAAAAUUGAAUUAACUGAUUGGCAUAAUGAAACUCGUAUAGCAAUGUAUGAAUCAUUUCGUAUUUCAAAUCAUAAAGAUGAUUAUCGAAUACAAAUUCGUGAAUAUAUUGGAAAUAUGGAACCAUAUAAUCAAAUUGAUAGUAAGUUAUUUAAUUAAUUAAAAUAAAGAUUUUCAUAGAAUUUUACAACAAAAUAAAAUUAUCAACAAUUUAAGUUUGUUUUAUACAGCAAAAAAAAUAUACAGAUAUACAUAGAAAUAACAACUAUUAUAUAGUUGCAGUUCGUAAAAAAAAUACAUUACUAAGAUUCCAUGAUUAUGGAACUGUGGGUCCACGUUUUUGUGAACCCGAGAGAGUUCAAACUCGAGAUUUUUACCAUCAGUACUUGGGAUCCUUCGUGUACAUGAACAAAUGAAGGAUCAAGGUUUCAGCUGUUUAUUCGCUACUCUCAGAAAAAACUCAAUAUACAGCUAUAUCUUGUUGCUAUAUUUCUCAUCUGACGAGUAGCGGGUCCACAAAAACGUGUAACGGGGCCCAAUAAAAAAUAAAAGGUUGGACCCGGACCCGCAGCUUUCUACUCGUGGUUAAUUUAAAUAUGAGAUUGUCUAUAUAGUAAUAUUUAAAACCAGGAAAGUGUCAUAUCUUUUGAUGUGCUUGUAUCCUGAAAUAAGAACAUCGAAUCUACCGGUGUCUAUGAACGAUAUAAAAGGCACGCUUUUACCAUAGACGUGUCUUAAGAUAAGAACUACGAAAAGAUUUAAAACUUUCGCGAUAAACUAUUCUGUUUAAAGAGAUAUCUCUAUGGAAAAUUCGAAGUCGAAAUUCAUUUUUUUCCAGUGUUCCUGAGGGAGUCAAUGGGAUGAUGCGAAAAAACCACCAGAUCUAGACAGCAUUAAGAUAAUAACAUGAACUCGUUUCAGGGUAUUCAUAACUCAUGGCGCACAUUGUCUCGACUUAAAAAUAAUUCUCAUAAGUUCGAUGCAUAAAAAUAUUCUUUUGUUAUUUUUUUUUCUUAAACAGGUUUUUUUCGUUGGCAUUAUAAUGCUCCA